CCGCCUCACCUCGCCGAUCACGUCGUGCAGAACUACCGUAUUCCCUCGGACAUACUUAAGUUCAAGUGCUGCAGGCUAAUGGAAAGGCUGAGUGAGAAUGUGACUGAACAGGACUCUCAGAAUCUGCUUCAGGAGCAAAAAUAGGAGCUGGAAGGAUGACAAAUUCACAUUAGUUCAAGCAAGGGAGGGUGCCAUGCAGCAGGAGAGUUUGCUGCUGAGCUCAUGAGAGCAGGGAAAUGUUGGCAGCAUGCCACACUCACUGAACAUUCUGGAGAUCCAGGCUCACGCCAAGCAGCAGCAUCACAUACUGGACUGGGAACACCAGCAAGCAGCUAUAGUAGGAAGAGGGGAGGAGGAGAGCUUAGCUGGACUCCCCCAUACAUCUGGAGACCCACUACAUGGCCCCAGUGGCCAUUGAUACUGCCCCCAGAAGCACCAUUGAGGCAGGAGCUCCUCCAUCUCCCGGGCAGAAAGAGACAGAUGGGCAGGAACCCUGCCCCACACCAUCCCAUUUGGAACAAUAGCCUCCUCCUACUGCUACCUGGAGUUUAGGCAGCAAUCUGUGCUGAAGGCCCUGGGUUCAAACCCUACAGAAGAUUCAAGCACAAAGGAGAAUGUUUUGCAUAAAACACACACACUUAGGAAACUACACAUAGAGAAAAACUGUUAAAAGACCAUUAUUUCAGCUGCAAAGUCAAGCACUUGAAAGUUAGGAAAUGCCAGAUACACAGUUGCCUGUGCAGUCUUAACUCAGCCCUUUGUGCAUAUGCAUUUUGAAACAGUCUUUAGUUACAUGCUCACAUGCUAUUUUUUUCCUCAGUCAGUGCACAGGAUGGAUACACAAGAGGGCCAAAUUAUGGUUACACAGGCAACUGUAAAUCUGACAUUUCCUCACUUUUGAGUGCUUGACUUUGCAACCUCAAUCAUUUUCUUUUAACGUAGUAUUUUGGGUGAAAUAUAUUAAAAAAUAUUGUUUUAAAGAACAAGGCUAUAAUCCCCUGUGGAGGGUUGGAAUUCUCCCAUGGCCAUGGUUUAUGACAGGCAUGGCCAAACUGCAGCUUGUGAGCAACAUGUGGCUCUUUUACAGUUAAAAUGUGCCUUGUGGACCCAUCACCCUGCUUCUCUCUCACGAGACUGGGCCUGCAAGUUGGGGGAGAAGCUUGGGGCUUCUUCCCUGCAGUAGGGUGAUGGGAUUAGGGUUUUCUGCCCUGCAGGGCAGGUUAGUGUCUUGCAACUCUCAAACUUCUGAAGAUUAAAGUAUGUGGUUCAGAGGGUCAGUAAGUUUAGCCACCCCUCGUUUAUGAUGUUACAGGACCCCCCGGUUUGUAUUGUAACACUAAUCUUCAUGCUACCACCUAGAUUAUCCCAUUCAUUUACUGCUCUUCCUCAGGAUCAGCUCUUGUAUUACACUGCUGUUUUCUAUGGCUUCAACAUGGUUCCGUUCAAAACAGGAUUUUGCCCUUUACAUUGUGGUAGCUUAUCUUCCUUACUAUUUAGUUUCUUCUAAAGCACCUAAAACUAAAGCCUUUUGUAAAUGCAAGUACAUUGGGGGCAUGGACAGCUGAUCUAAUGGGUUACACUGGAUGUCAAGAGAGAGGCCAGAUGCUUUCCACCCGCUAUCCUUACAAUCUACAGUAGUUGUGAGAGUUUACUGACACAGCCAACCAGGCUGAUGCAGGGAGUUAGCCAUUCUACUGUAAUUCAGUCCUGUGUAGCUGAAGCUAUAGUAAUAUGCAAAAAUGAAAAAAGAAUUGAUUACAUUGUCAGGCCCCUUUGAGAUGCUGCAGAAUGCUAACAAAUAAUAUCCAUUGAAAAAGUUCUUCAAGUGGUUUUGAACAGAAAUGACACUAACUCUUUUGAAGAAUUUAGGAAACAAAAAAAAAUUACAUAUAUGAUUUCCUCUUAAACUUUUCAUAUGCAUUUAGACCAAAAUCUUAGACCAGCUCGUGGCUUAGAGACACUUAGCCCAUGCUUAGGUAAGCAUAUAUGAUAGAAGAAGGUGUGUCUAGUAUAAACAUUAUAGUGAAUACUUUCAUGAAUCACUAUCCCGUGAUUAAAACCAAGCACACGGCUGUGUCGAUUAAAAGAAAGCUAUUAUAGGAAGGUUGUUCUGCACUUUGUCAGGAUCAGGAUAUCCUGGAAUUUCUGUUGAUAUUCAUCCUUGCUAACUAAGCAAAUACAGGGGUAUAAAUAACUGUUCGCUUACUUAUUCCUACCACAGAGGAGUCACUGGAAGAGGUGCAUUUUCACAGUCUGCUCAGAGACCUCAGCCUAAGGUUCCAGAAAACAUGCACUCCUUUCAGUUACUGUGUCCUCUCCUCCUCUGCAAUGCCCUGGUGGUAGCUGCCCAGAGAAAACUACAGAAGGUCCCUGAGCAGGAGGAGCAGGAGGAGGAGGAGAACGUCAUGCGGAUAAGGAUGCCUCAAACUCUCUCCCGAGGAUGGGGUGAUGAAAUUGAAUGGGUUCAGACAUAUGAAGAAGCUUUAACUAGAUCAAGAAACAGCAAGAAACCUCUGAUGGUCAUCCACCACUUAGAAGAAUGCCCUUAUAGCCAAGCUUUAAAGAAAGCAUUUGCUUCCAGCCCAGAGAUCCAAAAGAUGGCUCAAGAGGAUUUUAUUAUGCUUAAUCUGGUGCAUUCGAGCACAGAUGACAACAUGGCCCCUGACGGCCACUAUGUCCCUAGGAUCCUCUUUGUUGAUCCCUCUAUGACAGUUCGAGCCGAUCUGACAGGAAAGUAUAAGAACAGAAUGUAUGCAUAUGAACCAGAAGAUAUUUCAAACUUGAUUGAAAACAUGAGACAAGCAAAGACACUUCUCCACACAGAACUAUGAACAAUGGGCCUGACCAGAUCUACACAUGCCAGGGAAGCGGACGGAUUGUACAGCAAAAGCCAGGGCUCGACAACACUGAUGGAGCAGAAAACAUGAAAAUACAAGUCUGGAAGUUUAGUGGCAUUAGGUGCAUUCUCAAAAUGUUCUGUACAUAGUGGUUAAUAUAGAGGAAGUGGUGGUACUGAGGGAUUAGACUAGAAUACAUUCAAUCUUCUCUGAAAUAACUCUAUGGCAAAGUCAUACUUAUGUGAACCCUGUGUGCUAUAUGGGGAACAUCUGAACAGUACACUUCUUUCUUGUAAGUAACUGUUUAUUUAGGAAGUUAGCAGGUUUACAAAUCACUAGACAAGCAUCAGGAUUCUGUUUUUACUCACGUUUACAAGCCAAUGUCUUUCAAACUUAAUAUUUAAAAAAGUGUCAAAUGCAAUGUUUUUUGGGGGCCAGUUUACUUUAAUUAUUGAAUAAAUGGUAACCAAAU